AUGACUGGCUGCCUUCGUACAUGGGGCUAUGUUGAAUUCGAAACCGAAGCUGAAGCCAAAAAUGCUAUUCAAGGCCUAAAGAAUGGAAGUUUCAGUACCUACGGCAACCAUCUCAGAAUGAAAAUCGUUAAGGCGGUAGGAGCGCUUCCUAUGGACGUGGAUGACUGGAUAGGCGAGCUGGCCGAGGGUUGGGCUUAUAAACCCAAAGUUGCCGAUGCAAGCGACGAAAGCAAAGGCGUGGAAUCACAAAACCCUGCCAAGCUUUAUGAUCCUGCAGAUGUCAAUACGGGCGACAAAGGCAAAGCUAUAGCAUCACCAAGCCCUGCCAAGCUGUAUGAUCCUGCAGAUGUUGAUACGACUGAAACAGGCAAAGCUGCAGAGUCACGGAGCCUCGGCGAGACUCAUGAAGAUCCAGACAUUGACACGGGAGACAAGGACCAAACCUUAGAACCAUUGACCCUCUUCGCCAUUCAUCGAGGUACGAGUGUCCACACGCCGGACAAAGACCAACUUGCGGUGGCACCCAAAGAGAGAGCGGCCUAA